AUGCCCACCGUUGAGGAGAGAGUAAAGGCAAUAGUCGCAGAGCAGCUUGACUAUAAGCCAGAGGAGAUAAAGAAUGAUGCCAGCAUUGUGGAUGACCUGGGUGCCGAUUCUCUUAGCACAGUCGAACUUGUAUUGGCCAUAGAAGGGGAGUUCGAGCUGGACAUUUCGGAUGAAGCUGCAGAACAGCUCAAAACUACCCAAGACAUCAUUGACUAUGUCAUAAAGCACCGGGACGAAUGA